UCCAAUGCAAUGUGUCACAGUUGAUUGACAUUUAAUUAGUUUGACGUAAAAGAAAUGUAAAUUAAUGCGCUCGUUAAUUCAGUUGAGGAGAACUAAUUAUACACUUUACGUCUGGCUGUAAAAACAGAUACGAUUGUUCAAAUCAAGUUGAUCAAACUACUUCAAGAAUGGAUACGAAAUUCAUACAAGUGUUGAUGCUGUUUGUAUGUGUGUUUCUUGGUGCUGAAGCUCAAAGGCUUUGCUCUUACUGGGACAGAAUGCGGUGUUACCCAAAACAAUGCCAUAUAGUGAGGCGCGGAAGGGGUCUGGUAAGAGCGGAUUGUCUCACCAUGCAGGAAUCCCUUCUCUUAGAGGCGGCAUAUCGUGGCGGGGCAACAGGUCCUGGUACCGGUAUAGUUCAUCACGGGGGUCACAUCAACGACAGAUCUGAACGUAUACAAGUCAAUGUUAAUAUCGACAAUACCAACAAUAAUAAGCAUAUCAAAUCGAAUUCUGGAAACGUAGACGUUAGUCAAGCCCAAGCUUCCCCCAAUUCGAACGCAGAUUGUGUUGUUUGUGGCCCAGGAGGGACGUGCUCAGAUGGUUUAAUUUGCAGGUAUAAUCCAUCAUGUGCAGCCAAUUUGGGUUGUAUGCCAGUUCCAGAUCAUCUUUUACAUUAACGGAGGAUAUUUCUUGAAAAAGUCAAUGCAACGGUUUCAUUAUCUGACUCUAUUCAUUUGUUUAAAAAGAAAAAAUAUAUUAUCCUGACAGUAUGUGUCCAUGCGAAUACAUAUGAAAAAUCGCUCAACAGUACGAAGACUCUGAGUAGUUACAAUAUGUUUUAGUUACGUUGAGUUAGUUUAUACAUAGUUUAUUUUAGGUCAAUUGUGAAGGAAGUUCUACAACUCAUAUUAAUCACUCCCGACACCUCAUUCCUGAUAGAAUCCACCGCCACGAGGGUAUGAGAGAAGAGUCCAGUUUCCCUUUUUUAAUGCUGAGCGCCAAGCAAGGGAGCUACUGGUACCAUUUUUCACGUCUUUGGUAUGACGCGGCCGGGGAUCGAACCCACGACGUUGAGUUGUAGUUACAGUGCUUUGUAGUUACAUUUAUUCUUAGCUAAUAUGAUUCUUAGUUACUCCAAGUCGUAGCUACAAUGAAUCAUAACUUUAAUGAGUGUUACAUUGAGUUUUUUGUUAAAAUCUGGUGUUUGUACUGUAACUUACAGAUAUUUGAGAUAUAAAGCAGGACACUAUGUUUGCAUUGCUCUAACUGUACAACCGGUGGUCAUUAAGUUAAGACUUGCCUACCAUUGGACAGGUUAGGGUUUGCUCUACAACUUCUAAAACAUAGAGAAAAGUUCUUUCAUAAUGAAGGAUCAGAUGUCAAAAUGACCAAUACGCCUCUAACCGGCUUAACAUGCAUGUACCUAAAUCAUAACUUUAGCCGAAAACGUCUCAUACAGAUAAGUAUCUUCCCAUUAAGUUGAAUAUACAAACCUAAACUUUCUACAGAUGUCGUAUUUGUCAAUGCAGAAGGCGGCACACAUGCAGAAGGCGGCACACUAACACUUGUUUCACUUUCUGUCUCACGGGCCCUAAGCAGGUUCUCACAGACUAGUUCUUUGAAUUGUGGGUCUAAAUACAAAGACACAAGUUAACCAAUUAUCUUAAACUGAAAACAUGAUCCUUGUCAUUAAAUACAUAAUGUUAAAGUGACCCUAAAUCUUAUAUAACAUAAAGUCUGUAGAUGAACUUGCUCUUAAAGGAGCUGUCUCUUUAGGGUUGGCUUUUUAACCAGGUUUUCAACGAAAACCUGAGUUAUUAGAUUGGGGUAUGUCGUUGGUCGGGCGGGCGGGCGGAUGGGCGGCGGCGUCAAACUGGUGUUUCCGGUCAAUAACUUUUGUUUCGGUAAAGAUAUUUGAAUAAAACUUGGUAUGUAUGUAGCUUAUAUCAAGACAAAGGCUGGGAUUGAUUUUGGGGUUUCUGGGGUCAAGGUCAAGGUCACUGUUACUUAAAGUAUAAAAGGGUUUCCGGUCAAUAACUUAACUUAGGAAUGAGCUAUCAUGAUGAAACUUGGUGUAUAGAAAACUUAAUAUAUAAAGUUGUAGCUUGGGAUUGAUUUUGGGGUUUCUGGGAUCAAGGUUAAGGUCAUUGUUACUAAAAAGCGGGUUAGGGUUAGGUUAGGGUUAGGGUUAGGGUUGUGCUUUAAAGUGAUUCAGUAUACUUUUUUAUUCCUAUGAAAAGUGUUGAAAACCUGGUUUCGUGGCAUUGCCGCGUUUCUUGUUUUCAAAAUGAACCAGCUACUGCGACUAAUACACCCUUAAAAUUAGAAAUAUACAUGUAUGUGGAGGCUGUAAACAUCAUUGCACAUGUUAAGUUAUUACCAUUAUCAAGCUAAUUAUUCAUAUAAAAUACCCCUACUUGAAUACUAACCAUACUGAGUAUAACACAUCCCUUAACAUUUCUUGACAUAAUGUAAAGGAGUAUUUACGUAACAAAGGUGGUUAUGUACGAUACUGUACACUUGACAAUAGAUUCAGUCAAUUUUUUACAAGCUGUAUACUUAUAACUCACCUGUUACUUCUCAGGUCAACAAAUUAGCUAUAUGUUGGGGUAUCUGAAUGUAACAUCUUUUCCUCCCCUCGUUAACGUGAUUUAAAUUCUGAAUUGAAUAGGUUUAAAAUAGCAUAGUUUAUACAUUCUACGGCUGAAUAGUCAUUCAGAUUCUGCAUGCUCAAGACUAUAAUAUCAGAUCUCAAAUCUGAUACAUUUUGCCAGGUCUGGGCCAUAGAAAUAUGAAACUGAUUUAAGAUCCAAACGGCUACUAAAUAACAGUCUUGUUCUGAAAUACACUACUGGAUGCACAUGCCAUUAAAAGGGUCAUGAAAUUGGCCUUAAUUUUUUCAAACGUUUUUAACAGAGUUUUAACAGAUCACCAUUAAAAUUCACCCAUUACUUCUUACUAUUUAAUGGGAUUUUCAUGACCAUAGUUUUAAUGCCAUACAUAAAAAAUGACUUUUACGGUCAUGAAAAACUGCUUAAAAUAAACCAUUGAAAUAAGUUAAUAGGCUCCUUAAAACUCCAUGAAAAAUUUUAAUUGGCGUAAAAUUAAUGUGCCAUUAAAAAAGUACCCCUUAAUUCCACAUUAAUUAGUAAGAACUAAUGGUGCCAUUAAAUUUUUUUAAUACUCUGUUUAUGGCCGUUAAUUAUUAAAAAAAUUGAUUAAUGGUCUCAUUAAAUAUGCCAGAUUCGAUUUUAAUGGGUUCAUAUUAGUUUAAUUGUAUGUCAGAUUAAGGGCCAUGAAAAUUUGCCAUCAGAAUUAGACAUCUUAAGAUAAUCAACUUCAUAUUAAUAUCUGCCGUGUUGAUUUAAACUAUGUGUUAAUACACAUGUAAUAAUAUCUAUACAUAUGUACUGUUUUGUAAAAUGCUAGAAGAAUAUUUGUUUCUUCUUUUUUCUCUCAUUAUUUUGUAAUGUAAACAAAGGUAACAGCCUUGUUCAAACAUUUGUUAUAUUGUAUCCUUAUUCUGUCAUAUGUUCAUAUGAAAUGAGAAAAUAAAUGGAUAUUGUAUUG